UUUCCUCUCCGGGGUUUCCCCGUUUGGAGGCAGACGUGUCCAGGCAGGAGUCUGGUCAUCAGUAGAGCCGUUCUGGAGCAGUUUAAGAAUGAAUAAGCGUUUGCAGCCUGUAGUUUUCAGUGUUUUCCUGCUAAGAUGUUUUGGUUGUGGAAGGAGGGGUUUGUGGGUGCGUUCGUUCGCGUCAUGAGGGUGCGUGGAUCUCAGGGGCGCAGUCUCGUCUGACUCCACGUCCGCGCCGGACCGGGCUCUGCUCUCACCUCAGGUUGUAAGACGAUGAUGGCUGCAAUGGCUGCUUCCCAAAUCAAUUUAUCAUCUGGACUUGAGGAAAAUGUCUCUUUUUAUAAUGACAAGGACGACUUUGACGACAGGGAUGAAACCAGUUUCCUGGAGGAGCAUGCGGGUCUGAGACAGUCCCUCAACAUCAUGUCCCUCAUCGUUUACAGCCUGGCUUUUUUCCUGGGUGUGAUCGGGAACGGUCUGGUCAUCUGGGUGACCGGCUUCAAGAUGAAGAAAACUGUGAACACCGUUUGGUUUCUCAACCUUGCUGUGGCUGACUUCCUGUUCACGGCGUUCCUGCCGCUCAGCGUCACCUACACGGCCCUGGACUUUCACUGGCCUUUCGGCACGUUCAUGUGCAAGCUGAACACCACCAUAAGCUUUCUGAACAUGUUUUCCAGCGUCUAUAUUCUGAUGGUGAUCAGCGUGGACAGAUGUGUGUCUGUGGUGUGGCCCGUCUGGGCUCAGAACCACAGAAAUGUACGCAAAGCUUCCUGUGUGAGUCUGUGUGUUUGGCUGCUGGCUCUGGUUCUCAGCGCUCCAUGCUUCAUCUUCAGAGACACGGGGCCGUCCUUCUACAGCGAGGACAGCAUCUCCUGCUACUUUAACUUUGCUUUAUCUGAGGACUAUGAAACGCCAUCCGUGAUCCAGCUGCGCCUUCUCCGCCAUCAAGCCAUGACCGUCGUCCGCUUCCUGCUGGGAUUCUUCGUCCCCUUCAGCGUCAUCGUCUCCUGCUACGCCGUCAUAAUCCAUCGGCUCAGAAGAAACCGCACCCUGGCCAGCCAUUCGAGCCGCACAUUCAAGAUCAUCGCUGCCAUCAUCAUCACUUUCUUCCUGUGCUGGGCUCCCUUUCACAUCAUGGGUGUCAUCGAGCUAGUAACCCACAUGAGAGAAAAUGACACGUUCGAGAACAUCGUCGCCAUCGGACUCCCCAUAGCGACGAGCUUGGCUUUUUUAAACAGCUGCCUGAAUCCCAUCCUGUAUGUAUUUAUGGGCCAAGAUUUCAAGGACAAAGUGCGCAAAUCCAUCCUGAAUGUGUUAGAGAAUGCGUUUCAGGAGGAGGUGUCCCGCUCCUACACAAACUCUAUGGUCACUAUGCGCAGCAAAGACAAGUCCGUCUCUGAUGCUGAGGUAUAAACCCUACUUCCUUUUUAAAAUACUUAUUACCUUCCUCCUAUCUAAUCAUGUUUAAUGUUUUGUAACAAAAGGACGGUUCAGAACUAGAGGCAGAUCUGCAUCUGAAAGACUUCAACAGUGAUCAACCUAGAAAGUAUAAACAACUAUUUAAAGCCCCACUCUCAUUUUUUUGGUCUUUUGUAAAAGUGUUUCCAGUGACUUUUUUUAGCCAGAGUUGAAACAUCUGUCAUUGAGGACAUCAUUUCUGCAGAAUGGCAUUAGUUUAUCAUUUAUAACCUCUGAGUUGUGGGCGGGCCAGUUGGU